CUGAUACUCUGUGUUUCACUGAUGAGAGACGGCAGCAGUGGGGGAAGCUGUUAAACGGUUUAAAUGUUUCUUAUUGUGGUCAGAUGGUGUUAAAUGUGGACAUGAGGGCCUGCGGAUAAACGAGUUGAAACUGUCGGGGAAGAUGACACAGAACAUGUUUCAGGAGGGGCUGUACCAUGUGUUUUUUAAAGAGAAGCCUUCGACCCGCCUACAGGCCCAGGCCACUAUUCACGGGGAGCUGGACAAUGUUAGGAUCCAUCGUUGGUUUGGGACUGUGGUCAACACCAGACUUCUCGUCACUGGGGUGGUUCAAGUCCUCAGUGCGUUAGUUUGCAUUUUAACCACAGUCACACAUGCAUGUGUGAGCUACAACUGCUCCGUCUCCAUGACAACACCUGUGUGGUCGAGCCUAUUUUACCUGGCUGCUGGCUCUCUGGCAAUGGAGGUUCAGAGAAAAGCCAAUAAACCAAAGAUCAUCCUCCUGAUCGUUCUGAACAUCUUCAGCUUUCUGUUUGGAUUCUCUGCUCUCCUGGCCAACAGUCUCAUUUUGAAACAUCCUGCUGCGCUCAGCACAAACCAACAGCGUGCCGGCUCAUAUGUUGCGAGGGGCAGUUCUGUAGCAUUCAGUGUUCUGUGUUUUCUGUCAUCAAUCUACAUACUCUUCCUGUCCUGGAGAGGCCUGCGUCGCUACAGUGCUCCUCACGCUCAGGCCUACAACCGGCUCUCGCAGGAUCUGGAUGAAACAAAUGGACCUUUACUGGAACAAGAGGUGUUCAGUCUAUGAAACUCCUGAAUUCAAACUAGUGUGGACACACUCCUCAAUCUUGGUUACUGAUGUUGAUCAGAGACUGUGUGAACACUCCUCAUGCAAGAUUGUUUAAGAUGAGAUGAAAUAAUUUCCUGCUGCCUGAGUGAGGCAUCAGAAACUUGACAUUUACUGAACAUAGAAAUGUAUCAUCACAUUCAAAAGCCACAAGAAAUAUAAUAGUGUACAUAGAGAACAACAAUGGCUGCAAUUUGCUAAUAAAGUUUCUGCUUGUUGAAAGUUGUUGUAUAAAGGAGGAUUUAACAUAAACAGCUGUAAACAAACCUACGUCUCUCUGAUUAUUAAACUUUUAACAUUGAUACAGCU